AUGCCAGCCCAAGAAGCUCCAGACGUUGAAACUCCAUUAUUUCAACAACCAAUAAUAGAAAAUGAAACAAAUACACAAGAACUUUUAGAUGAGUCUGAUAAAAACGUUGCGCAUGAGUUCAUUGAAUUCGGGGAUAAAUUAGUCGAAGCUCAGGUAGACACCGGUGAAACAACAAGCAGCUUUUCUUGGAAAAAGUUGUGGAAGUAUACAGGACCUGGGUUUUUAAUGUCUAUCGCUUAUCUGGAUCCCGGUAAUUUGGAAGCAGAUCUUCAAUGCGGUGCAGCCGCCGGAUAUUCCAUGCUUUGGAUUUUGCUAUAUGCACAUAUCGCAGGAUUUCUCAUUCAAGUGCUUUCUGUUAGACUAGGUGUUGUUACAGGAAAACACCUUGCACAGCUUAUAAGCAGUAAUUAUUCACGUCCUGUUUCAUUAAUGUUUUGGAUAAUAAUAGAACUAGCUAUCAUCGGUUCAGAUAUACAAGAAAUUGUUGGUACAGCUAUAGCACUCAAAAUAAUUUUUGGACUGCCUCUCUGGAUAGGUACUUUAAUGACUGCAAUGGAUACUCUUACAUUUAUGUUGCUGCAAAAUUAUGGUGUGAGGAAAUUGGAAGCCUUCUUUAUGGUGUUAAUUGCUGUGAUGGCGGUCUGUUUUUGGAUUGAGAUGAUUGAAAGUAAACCUGAUGUUGGUGAAAUAUUUAAAGGAAUCAUAGUUCCUUUAGUGCCAAGUAAAGCAGUGGUAGAAGCUGUUGCAUUAAUUGGUGCUGUAAUUAUGCCACAUAAUUUAUACUUGCAUUCUGCUCUGGUGAUGACUCGUAGAACGAACCGUAAUUCGAAAGCAAAAAUUAAAGAAGCUAAUUUUUACUUUGGAGUCGAAAGUGCUUUGGCUUUAUUUUGUUCCUAUCUCAUAAAUAUGGCAAUUGUUGUCGUGUUCGCUAGUGUAUUUUAUUCUCAUGAAAACGUAAAAACUUUACCAGGUUUGUAUGAUGCGGCUGAUGUUUUGACACGGACGCUGGGUAGUGGUGCGAGAUAUUUAUGGGCCGUGGGAUUACUUGCCGCAGGCCAAAGCUCUACAAUGACUGGAACCCUCGCUGGGCAAUAUGUUGUGGAAGGAUUUUUUGGCAAAAUAUUUUCAAAUCCAUGGAAGCGUGUCGCAGUCACCCGAGGAAUCGCGAUAAUUCCUUCUAUGUUAGUGGCUGUUAAUCAUUUUGAUACAAUGGGUGAACUCCUCAAUGUCUUACAAAGCCUAUGUUUACCCGCUACAUUAAUUCCAAUUCUUAAGCUUACUAGUUCUAAAAACGUUAUGGGAACUUUUCAUAUACAUCAUACAUUUAAAUAUAUUACGUGGAUUGUUGCUUUUCUUCUAAUAUGUUUUAAUCUUUUUAUGUUCAUAUCGUAUUUGGAAGAGUUACCUAAUGUGUAUAUUGGCUACGCAUGCGGGUUAACGUACUUUGCAUUUAUCUUAUAUCUUGUUUUAUUGCCGAGUGGAGGAAAUCAAACCGUUACGGAGAUCGAUGAUGCAAACGAAUAUCAAGUAAUAGACGAUAUAGGCGAUUCGUAA